AUGCCCUUUCGUCUGCCCAUCGCCAAAGGUGCGGCUCCCGCUGCACCUUCCGCUGCGCCUGUGUCACUAGCCACCGCGCCAGAAGCAGCAGCUUGCAUGAUGAACUACUAUGACAACUCAGAUGAUGACAUGGCCGGCUUUGGUGGAAGUCCUAUGCGCAGAGGCGCGAAUGGGGCGGCAGAUAAUGCGGACGAUUGGAUGCCGCGCAACCGAGGGCGCAAGGACUGGCAGAUGGCAGGAGGACGCAUCAAGGCGCGGAGCAUGGCGGAGAGGCAGAGGCGGGAGCGGAUCAGCGAGGGGCUGCAGAAGUUGCGCCUGGUGCCUCGCGCAUAUCCCUCAUGCCUUCCCAUCCCACCCUCUCCUCCCUCACUGCGCGCCGAUGACUGCGCACGCGCCUAUGACCGAGACAAGGAGUGUGAGGAGAAUGUGGGCAGUCACAAUCAUCGCUCCCUCUCCACAUGCGCGAGUGCCUCUCCCUCCCUUGCCAGGUGGAGGAGUGUGGAGGAGUGUGAGGAGAAUGUGGGGAAGUUGAGGAAGCUGCGGUUCGAGGCGAGAAACAUGCACAUGUUGUCAUCUGCGUUCCCCUUGCCAGGUGGAGGAGUGUGGAGGUGUGUGAGGAGAAUGUGGGGAAGCUGCGAUUCGAGGCGAGAAACAUGCACAUGUUGUCAUCUGCGUUCCCCUUGCCAGGUGGAGGAGUGUGAUAAGAAUGUGGGAAAGUUGAGGAAGCUGCGAUUCGAGGCGGAGAGCACAUCCAUGUUGUCAUCUGCGUUUGAAUUUCUAAAAGAACCGUUUUGCAAUCUCAUGUGUUUGUCUCCGUCUCGCAAUCCCCAGGUGGAGGAGUGUGAGGAGAAUGUGGAGGAGUGUGAGGAGAAUGUGGGGAAGUUGAGGAAGCUUCGGUUUGAGGCGGAGAACAAGUUUGACGCGACGCAUGCGAUGGGGGAGAAGAUGAAGGAGAAGAUGGCCGAGUGUGAGGAGACCACCGCCAAGAACGCUGCUGAGCGCCACAAGGAGAAGAGCGAACUGAUGGCACAGGUGCAUGAGCUGGAGAACAAGGUGAAGGAGCUGCAAGCGAAGCUGGGCAUCAGUGAGGACAGCAGCACCACUGACGAAACGAGCAGUGACGGCAGCACCAGUGACAAGUAA